AUGCAUGUCACGGGCGCACGGUCGAGACGAGCUUGUGAUCGUUGUGCUCAUCUGAAGGCAAAGUGCGACUCUGGACGUCCCUGCCAUCGCUGUAUCUCUCAAGGUGUGAGCUGCGCCUACAAUGGCAAUUUAGAUCAGCACAACGGCACCUUGCAACAGCCCGCUUUAAACUCACCAGGUGCCUCUGAUGGUGGCCGUGGCAUUUCUUCUCCUCCUAGGACAAUAGCGAUUCCUCAAGCCUCACCACAGCGGUCAGUCGAGACUAGCGAUCUGCUGCCAGUGAUGACUGCUCAAGGUUCACGUGAAGAGUCUGGUUGGCUCAACGGUGAUUCCCACAACUUGCCGUGGGGCCUCGAUGUGCCCUCUUUGCCCCUGUUCCCACCAUUCGUUCUUGAUGGUGCGCCAGACGUCAUGCUUGAGCUUGAGCAGCUUGAUCCUAAAGGUUUAGAAUUAUCUUCUGGGAGGCUUAGCGAACCGGCCCUGAGUUUUCUGUCGCUGGAGCAGCCGGAUCCCUUGCAGGCAAAAUGCGGCGCGAUUCAGACCCUGCUCCAAGGGCCAGGGCCGGAGCUGCCAGAGAACGUUGUGACAAGGUCAAUUAACCGAGAAAACUUGCUGCAGGCGUUGCAACUCUUCAGCAGGAACUUCCAACAUCACAUACCCAUUCUUCAUGCUCCCACCUUUAACCUAGCAACUGCGUCGCCACUCCUCGUACUGGCGAUGUUCACUCACGAGAUUGACAUGAGUGAGCCUUCGCUAUCCUCAAUCCAAGCGAGCAUCGCCGCAUCUUCAGUUCUUGGAAGCUCGCAAGACGAAACUUCCCUCAUGGCCUUCCCGUUGUAUUUUGCGCGUAGCAUUUCUAUGGCGAAAAGGGCUGCGGUCUUUGACACAAGCCCUCUGAUAGAUUACAUAACAUUAACCGAAAAGACAUUCGACUGGCAUUUAUGGGUUGAGCGCGAGACUCGUAUCAGAAUCGCGAAUGUCUUGUUCAGCCAAGACGUGUCCAGCUGUAUCUUCAUGGGCACGGCGCCGACAUUCUCCCCGCUGGAUCUCGACAUCGAGCUUCCUUGA